AAGCGCGAUUUGCAAGCGCAACGACAGAUGAUUGUUCAUCCUGAUCUCGCUGAGUUCCACGGCAACAACACUCUACAAGCAAGACAGGUGCCUGCCAUCGCACAAUCCCAAGCAGUGCCAGCAAUCUCUGCUGGAAAAGCAAUUCCGACCAUCGCAGCCGCCAAUGGUGUGUCCGCGAUUGGUGUACCUCAGGUCGCACCCGCGAUAGCCGAAGGCAUGCCCAUCAUUGCACCAUCAAACGCGGCCCCUGCUGUUGAGAGCACUCAAGCAGCGCCCGUGGUAUCACAGGGCAAUGCCAUCCCUACCAUCGCAGCCGCAAACGCUGCCCCAACUCUCCAGAGCACGCAAGCAGUGCCAGUGAUCGGAGCCGCCAACGCUGCUCCCACACUACCACCCAACCUCGAAGCCCCCUCCUUCGACUACGUGCCCGGUGGCAAUCUUGCAGGAGGCACAUACACUCUCGGUGCAGCAGUGCCGACCGCGACUGCCGUCUUCAUUGGCGCAAACAAGUACAAGUUCCCCACCUUCGAAGAUAUCAUGAAGUCAGCCACGGUCGGUGUCGCCGGAGCAGUACCCACAGCGGGAUCUAACGAACCAUUCACCGGUUGGACCACACUCGCCAACCUCGACACCCGGCAAAAGUCGAACUUGGCAGUGGCAGAAGAUGGCAACUUCUACAUGGUCGGCAACACGGGAGGCGUAUCUCCAGGCACGCAGAUCUACAGCGAAGAUUCCAUUGCCUUCAAGGACGAAUCCGAGCGCAUGUUCCACUACUACCCGGAUACAAUGUCAACGUACGGAGUCUCCAGACUGCGCGCUUCGGAGGUGUUGGAUACGCCACUGGGAGCACAGUUGAUCACGCUUGUGCCCGUUGCCACCCCCGAAGGCGUGGUUGCUUAUGUUGCAGCGGACACUGAUGGCCACAAUUAUCUAUUGGCAUGGUGCAGUGCGCCCAGGUGGCAAGGGUCCAAGGUUUUCCUGGUCAGCGAUUAUGAGAAGGGGUUGCAGACACUUUUGAGUGGUGAAGUGCAGUGGAUUGUAACGGGCAAUAACGUUACAGAGUGCGAUCCUUUGGUUUUGACCAGUCAAGCAGGUGGUGUUGCGCCUGUUUAG